GGCCACACGUCUGCAGGCUCAGAAGAACGCAACGCACCCGAAGUCGUCCUCUUCCCCUUUCGGCGAGAGCGCGACAUCGCACGCCCCCGCGCGAUCUCCCGCGAGCGAGAUCUCGCUUCCCCCGCAGCAGCGCCGGCCAUGGCAGGGAGGUACUACCAGGGUGGUGGCGGCGGCGCGUCCAUGGAGGUGGUGAGCACGCCGAACCAGGAGCUGGCCCUCACCAACUGCGCCUACGUCUCCCCCGCCGACAUCCGCCGCUUCCCCAACGCGCUCGCCCUCGUCGCCGACGCCUGGGUCUUCACCUUACGUGCCCAUGAUGCUGUUACUAGUGGACGCAUUGCCUUGAAUGCUAUUCAGCGUCGGCAAGCAAGGGUUUCAGCUGGGGACUCCGUUACCGUUAGCAGUUUUGUCCCUCCUGAUGAUUUCAAGUUGGCAUUGCUCACUUUAGAGCUAGAGUAUGCCAAGGCAAGAGCCAACCGGAAUGACGAGCUAGAUGCUGCUGUACUUGCCCAACAACUCCGGAAGAGGUUUCUUGAUCAGGUCAUGACCUCGGGUCAAAGGGUGCCAUUUGAAUUUUAUGGAACAAACUAUGUAUUCACCGUCAAUCAAGCUUUGCUAGAGAACCAAGAGAGCUCCACGCCGUUGGACAGAGGAUUCAUGUCAAGUGAUACAUACAUCAUAUUUGAGGCUGCUCCUAAUUCAGGAAUUAAGGUGAUCAACCAAAAGGAAGCUGCUAGCAGCAAGCUUUUCAAGCAUAAAGAGUUUAACCUGGAAAAAUUGGGGAUAGGUGGGUUAAGUGCUGAAUUCACUGACAUAUUUCGUAGGGCCUUUGCUUCAAGAGUAUUUCCUCCUCACGUUGUUAGCAAAUUGGGCAUCAAACAUGUAAAGGGUAUAUUGCUAUAUGGACCUCCUGGUACUGGCAAGACUCUUAUGGCCCGUCAAAUCGGAAAGUUGUUGAAUGGAAAAGAUCCCAAGAUUGUGAACGGACCUGAAGUUCUGAGCAAGUUUGUUGGAGAAACAGAAAAGAACGUGAGAGAUUUGUUUGCUGAUGCUGAAAAUGAGCAGAGGACACAAGGUGAUCAGAGUGACCUCCAUGUUAUCAUAUUUGAUGAAAUCGAUGCUAUCUGCAAGUCUAGAGGAUCUACCCGUGAUGGUACAGGUGUUCACGAUAGCAUUGUAAAUCAGCUCCUUACAAAGAUAGAUGGUGUUGAGGCGCUGAAUAAUGUGUUGCUUAUUGGAAUGACCAAUCGUAAGGAUUUGCUUGAUGAAGCUUUAUUGAGGCCUGGACGAUUGGAAGUUCACAUUGAGAUAAACCUGCCUGAUGAAAAUGGUCGUUUGCAAAUCCUUCAAAUUCAUACAAAUAAGAUGAAAGAGAGUUCUUUCCUAUCUCCGGAUGUUAAUCUUCAAGAGCUAGCUGCACGGACAAAGAACUACAGUGGAGCAGAGUUGGAAGGUGUUGUUAAAAGUGCUGUCUCGUUUGCUUUGAACCGGCAGAUAACCAUGGAUGACCUCACUAAACCUUUGGAUGAGGAAAGCAUUAAGAUUACUAUGGAUGAUUUUGUGAAUGCACUUCAAGAAAUUAUUCCUGCGUUUGGUGCUUCCACUGAUAACCUCGAAAGAUGCAGGUUGCGUGGUAUUGUUGACUGUGGCAAGGCACAUAAGCACAUUUACCAGAGAGCUAUGCUUCUUGUGGAGCAGGUUAAAGUUAGCAAAGGUAGCCCACUUGUGACUUGCCUCUUGGAAGGUCCCGCUGGGAGUGGCAAAUCGGCUAUGGCAGCUACUGUUGGCAUUGACAGUGAUUUUGCAUAUGUCAAAAUUAUAUCGGCAGAAACAAUGAUUGGUUUCAGUGAGAGCAGCAAGUGCGCACAGAUUUGCAAGGUUUUUGAGGAUGCAUAUAAAUCUCAGUUCAGCAUCAUAAUUCUUGAUGAUAUUGAAAGGUUACUGGAGUAUGUAGCCAUUGGACCACGUUUUUCAAACUCGAUCUCACAGACUCUUCUGGUCCUCCUCAAGAGGGUUCCUCCUAAGGGAAAAAACUUGCUUGUCAUUGGAACAACAAGUGAGGUAGGAUUUCUUGAAUCCAUUGGAAUGUGUGACGUGUUCUCCGUGACCUACCAUAUCCCCAAACUGAAAAAGGAGGAUGCCAAAAAGGUGUUGCAUCAUCUUGAUGUGUUUGAUGAAGGAGAUCUUGAUGCGGCAGCAGAAGCACUGGACGAUAUGCCAAUCAAGAAAUUGUACACACUUGUUGAGAUGGCUGCACAGGGGCCAGCUGGAGGAAGCGCAGAAGCAAUUUAUGCCGGAGAGGAGAAAAUAGAUAUCAACCAUUUCUUUAGCAUCUUGAGUGAUAUUAUCCGUUAUUAAGCAUGCUUAGAGCCGAGUUGGACUGUAGGUGGAAUAGGAAAUUGUUUGCACCUUCUUUUACUUCAUCGCCGCUUCUGUCAUCUUCACACGGUAGAGUGAUUUGAUAAGUUGUGUUUCUUUUAUGUGCCUAUUAGUGCUUUUGCCAACGCGCUGAUUGGUUCAGAGGCUACUUACACGAUGUCGCAUUUUUGUAUUGUAUGCUGAUGUUUAUACAGUUCUUUUGGAUCCGUCUCCUCA